GAUGUACGUUCUAGGCGCACCUCCGCACUUGGAGCCGAGCAACUGAUACAUGGCAGGCUCAUGAGCGACUAUGAGGUCACACUAGUCAACGAUAACAUGUCUGUCUGCCCCCUAUCUCGGUUCCCAUCGUACUGCGACAUCGUUGACAUAAGGCAGGCAGGAGUUCUAUGUCAGAUUCAAGGGGCCCGAGGAUAGUACGUCAGCCUCUACAACCAUGCAAGUACCUGCUGACCAUAUAGCACCUUUCCAAGGUGGACUCUGGAAGAUUCACGUCGAGCUGCCCGAUCAGUACCCGUACAAGAGCCCGAGCAUUGGGUUCGUAAAUCGCAUCUUCCACCCAAACAUUGAUGAAUUGUCAGGCUCGGUUUGUCUUGACGUUAUCAAUCAGACAUGGUCGCCUAUGUACGAUAUGAUCAACAUUUUCGAGGUUUUCAUUCCUCAGCUCCUCCGGUAUCCCAAUCCGACAGAUCCUCUGAACGGGGAAGCGGCUGCGCUGCUGAUGCGAGAACCGAAGAGCUACGAUGCCAAGGUUAAGGAGUACGUACAGAAAUACGCCUCGAAAGAUAUCUCGGAAGACUCUGAUAAGGAUGACGAUGACGAUGAUGAUAUGAGCUCAGUAGGUAGCUAUGAAUCUGGCGACGACGAAGCAGCCGGCAACAUGGACGAUAUCUAGCCAUAUCGCCUCCGGUGAGCAUUCGGCCUCUUCCUGUUUCUCAAUUUCAACGGCCUCAGAUAUCAUCACACAUGGGCGGACGUUCGAGGCGCAUGCCGGCGUGAAGACAGGUUGCUUUAAUUCCUCGGGUAUCGGGUUUGUAAACGGUUGUUGGAUAAGUCUUUUUUGUUUUCUCAUUUUGCUUGUAAUACAACAGACCUUGCGUAUGUGACACGGUAUCAGGUCUGGUCAGAUUUGAACCCAACACAAUGCUUGCACUCUGCUCUCACAUAUCUACAUCUAAAUAUUCCACUCUUCAAUCACCUGCUUCUUUCCGGUAUCGUCAUCGAUUAGCCGCUGCUGGUCGGCUGCUCACGCACACAAUAACGACCUGGGCAGAGUUUGAC